AUGCAGCAGUUCAACUCUUCAAACAGCUCAUUCUGCUGUCCUGUCACUGCUGAAUACCUGAUUGGGAGUAGUGUGCUGGCAGUUUGUUUCAUACUGGGAGUCCCUGGUAACAUAGCAGUAGUGGUAUAUCUUGCUGGAUGGCUGAAGAAAGGCAGCUUCACCCCAAAACUGAUGCUAAGCCUGGCCGUAUCAGAUCUACUGACACUGCUUUCUCUGCCAGUUUGGAUUUGGGCACUUCUUCAUGGCUGGGUCUUUGGCUUGGUCCUGUGUAAGUUUCUCUCAUAUGUGGCAUACCUAAGCCUCUACUGCAGCAUACUGUGUGUGAUUUUGAUGAGCAUGCAACGAUACAUCCAAGUGCUGCAUCCUGAGCUAUGGAACAAGCUUGGCAGAAAGGGAAAGAAGGUCCUUUUGAUUGGCAUGUGGAUUUUAAGUGCAGUUUUAUCAUGCUAUGCUCCGGUACUGCGCACUCUAAGCUUGGACAGAGAAGGACGACUUCAGUGCAGUCUACGCUAUCAAAAUGAUCUUGAAAGAAUGGCUACUUUAAGCUGGGAGAUUAUACUAUUUUCGGUUUUAUUCUUCACAUUGACUUACUUCUACUUUCAUCUUUACCGAGGUGUUAAUAGCACAGCUUUCUUUAGCAGUAACGCAUUGACAAAGCUAGUGAUCAAAAUUGUGGCUUGUUUCUUUAUUUUUUGGAUCCCAUUAAUAAUAAGCAAUUUUAUGAUUGUUACUGCUUUGUUUCUUGGGAAUGAAAAUCUGUUAAAAACUGCAGAAUCUGGAGACAAUAUCACUGCAGCUUUGACUUUGAUUAACAGUUGUGUGAACCCCUUUCUGUAUGCUUUCUCUGCUCGGGCACUGCGUCAACACCAACAUGGAACAGAAACUACUUAGUACCUUCAUGAUGUAGAGAUUUGAUAGACAGAUUUUAUGGAUUUUAUUACAGCCAGUGACAUUUUGCAUUUUAAAAGGAAUUUUUACAUUUUCUUUCACCUUUACAAUAUUUUGAGUGCUGGCUGAUGUGCAAGCCACACCCUCUUUCUUUAACCUUUAGCACACCAAAAAGAAAAAAAGAGAGAGAAGAUUUCCUGUGCGUAUUAUGCAUCAUGACUUUUAUACAUCAUAACCUAGUUCUAAGCUGUAUAAUCAGUUUCAAUGUUACUUGGUUAACAUACUGUCAUUAUA